AUGGGAGUUCCGAAGUUCUUCCGAUGGCUCGCCGAGCGAUAUCCGCUGUUGCAGCAAGAGAUCGCCGGGUCGCAGAUUCCGAAGAUUGAUAAUCUGUACCUGGACAUGAACGGCGUCAUUCACAACUGCUCGCACGGCGCUGGCACGGACGUGAACACGCGCAUGAGCGAGGAUGAGAUGAUGAGUAAGGUGUUCGCGUACCUGGAUCACCUGUUUCGAAUGACACGACCGAAUAAGCUGCUGUACAUGGCGAUCGACGGCGUCGCGCCCCGGGCGAAGAUGAAUCAGCAGAGAAGUCGACGUUUUCGAAGCGCAUCCGAGGCGGCGAAAGAUCGCGAGGAGGCGCGUCGUCGGGGUGAGCCCGAGCCAGAGGGCGAACCUUUUGAUUCGAAUUGCAUCACCCCUGGGACGGAGUUUAUGGCUCGAUUGACGGAGCACUUGAAGUUUUACGUGCGCAAGAAGCAGACGGAGGAUCCGCUUUGGGCAAAGGUCACCGUCAUUCUCUCGGGGCACGAGGUCCGAGGGGAGGGUGAGCACAAGAUCAUGGAACACAUUCGAUGGGCGCGUACGCAACCGGGAUGGGAGCCGAAUCAAACGCACUGUCUGUACGGUCUCGACGCCGACCUCAUCAUGCUGGCGCUGGUCACCCACGAGCCGCAUUUCUGCUUACUUCGCGAGGUGGUCAAGUUCGGCGGCGGCGAGAAGGGACAACCGAGCCGAGAAAUCUUAUCGAACCCCACCGAUGACGGCUUCAUCUUGUUGCAUAUCGGGCUUCUUCGUGAGUACUUGGACCUGGAAUUCCGCGAGAAGAACUUGUCGUUUGGGUACGACCUCGAGCGAGUCAUUGACGAUUUCAUCUUGUUAUGCAUGCUCGUCGGUAACGAUUUCUUACCCGCGCUGCCAACUUUGAACAUCGCCGAAGGUGCGUUGAACACGCUUUUCAAGGUGUAUCACGACACUCUGCCCAUGCUGGGUGGAUACAUCACGGGUGACGAGGGUGGUGGUACUUUCAACGCAGAGCGUCUCGAGAAAAUCAUGAGCAUCAUGUCCACUUUUGAGCGCCAGGUGCUGGAGGAUCGCGCGCUCGACGUUGAAAAAGAAGAGGAAAAGAAGGCCCGGCGAAACAAACGCUUCGGUGACGGUUCGGCAUCCGAGCUCAACGUCGAGGAGAAAUUCGACAAGGAUAUGUCUGAAAUGAGUGAAACGGAUGGUACGCCACAAGUGUCAUCGGAUCCGGUGAUGAUGAACGCCGCCAAACGGGCUAUGAUUCUCGAGGGGGGAGAGGAGGGUUUGCAAGCUUGGAAGGACCAAUACUACAGAGAAAAACUUGGGCUCAAGAUGGGUGAAGCUGCGCCUCUGGCGGAGAUCCGUCAAGCGUACUUUGAUGGCUUGAACUGGGUACUCAGGUACUACUACCGCGGUGUUGCAUCUUGGACGUGGUACUAUCCGUACCACUACGCCCCGAUGGCGAGUGAUCUUUGCGCAGGAAUGGAAAAGCUCACGUCAGAGUUCGACUAUGGUGAGCCUUUUAGACCGUUUGAGCAGCUCAUGGCUGUUCAGCCGCCUUCGAGCUCAAAGCUGCUGCCCGAACCUUUCCGUCACUUCAUGGAGGAUCCGCGAUCGCCGCUGGCCGAGUUCUUCCCGGAAGACAUCCCGGUUGACUUUGAGGGGAAACGAAACGAUUGGGAAGGCGUCGUACUGUUACCUUUCCUGGAUGCUGACCGCUUGAAGGCGGCGGUCGCGUCUGUGGAGGAUUCGCAACUCACUGCGGGCGAGAUUGCUCGCAACAAGCCCGGCCACCUGAUUUUCUUCAACCACGCUCCAGGAGGCGCGGGAGACGUUCAGAGUACGCUUCCCAAGUCUUUUGCGGGACUCUUUCCGGCUAAGAGUAAGAUGACCAUGCGCAUGCCUCCGGGAGAGUUCCCUGACGACGUGAAGUGCUUCGGCGGUGAAGACUCCGUGUUUCCGGGCACGAAGAUAGGACUCGAUAGCCCAAGCGGAUUCCCCACGGUCCGCACUCUCCCGGUGUCUGGCGCGUUGAAAAACGCGGGCGUUAAGGUUUUCGGAAACGCGUCGAAGAAGGAAUCACUUGUCAUUCAGAUCGACGGCGUUGAUAAGGAGUUAGUGGGUGACUUGACUGGCUCCGGGGCGAGUGACAUCGCAGCGGUGUUGUUGAACAAGCGCGUUCAAAUCAAGUGGCCGUAUCUUCAAGAAGCGCUCGUCGUCGGAGUCUCCGAUGCAAAGGAGCGCAUCGUACCCGUACCUGGGAAACCGAACGACUUCGCGAGCAAGCCGAAUAACAGCUCGGAGUGGGGCGCUGAAAUGCAAAAAGUGACCAGCGAGUACUUGGCCAAGUACGGUGUUGCAGCCGGCCGAUCGAACGUGGCGCUUCACUGCCGCGCGUGCGAAGGGCUCGUUCGUCACCCCGAUGGUUCGCUCCAAAAGCGUUUUGCGAAGACAGAGAUGAUGGUACCGAUUCAGCUCGUCAUUGCGAAGCACAACGCUCCAUCCUCUCGAAUGGAGGAGCGACCGGCGCUCGACGCGGGAGAAGCCGCGGGUGAUUUCCAGGAAGGAGACGUUGCUUUGUACCUCGGCCGUUCGUACUUCGGUGCUCUCGCCGUUGUCACUGACGUCUCGCCAAGUGGUUUGGGAGUUUCUCUUCAUCCAGUUCCGCUUGAUACGGGAGUUUCGCGACGCAUUUUGAACGGUGUUGGUCAGAGAUACAUGUCGGGUGGAGAGAUCGCUAGAAAGCUUGGUGUGCACCCGAAAGUGAUUGGAUGCAUCACAGGCGCGGUUUGGGCUCAAGAAAACGCGAAGGCGCCGCGCAGCGAGCGCAUAGAUAUCGGUUUGAACUUGAAGCACAAUGGCAAGAUGCUCUGCGUCGCCGGCUUUUGCCGACCGACGCAGGGCGAUAAACCUGGUUGGGAAUACAGCCAAGAGGCGCUUCGCGUCCUGCAGGAGUACAAGCGUGCCCACGCGUGGGUCUUCGCGGCUGUUGAAGACAUCGAUGACAUGCGUGACGGAGUUAACAUUGAGGAUGUUCUAGCCGACUUGCCUGAAUCUGGACGACUGGCAACGUUGAAGGGGACUAAGGCGUGGUUGAAGGCGCACCCUAUCGCUCGUCGUCCGCUCGUACCGACUUCGUCGCAAGUUGCGACGGAGGAAGCCGUGCGCGCGCUUGUGGCUACCACAGCCGGAGGUACCAAGGCGGCGAAGGUCGUCGAUCUCGAGGGCGUUUCUCCGCUCUUGCUCAUGAAGGCCGUCACGGAGGGCUCUGUCGUGGACCUGUACGCCGGUGGCGAUUUUGAGCUCGGCGACCGAGUCGUCAUGGUGGGCGACAGCGGGCAGCCGUCAUUCGGAUCGCGCGGCGCGAUCGUCGCCAUACACUCGUACACGGACGCGCACACUCAAGAUUCCAGGGCCGAGUCCGUGGAAGUCUUGUUUGACGAAGACUUUGUCGGCGGGACCGAUCUGCACGGCGUCAUCUCAAGCAAGCGAGGCGCCAUGCUCCCCGUGGCUCAGUUGAUCAACCUGUCGCACCCACCGGCGAUGCCAAACCUCGGUUCGGCGGCGCCGAAGCUCGUGGUCAAGGACGCCAAGGGUGACUUGAACGCCCCAACGCAAUGGAGCGAGCGAGCCCCGAAGAUCCAGCGUGAGCCGUCUCCUCAACCACGACUUCCAGAGAAUGAUUCCAAGGGUUUCGACACAACCAAGGGGGCGGGACGAGGUAAGAUGAAGAAACCGACGACUAAGGGCGCUGGAUCAUCGGAUACGAGUGCGGCGUCGCCGGCGCCGAUCCCGAGCAGCACGCGGAUGAUUUCCAUGCUGAAUAACGCCUCGGUUAAGGCGGCCGAGGCCAAGGCGGCGACGCCUGCGAAGAAGGCACCGUUGAGCAUCAAGGAGUUGGAGGCGCAGAUGCUUCAGAUGAUGACGCCGCCGAAACCCGCCAGCACGCCCCCCAAGACGGACGGUGUAUCGAAGAAGGCACCGAUGAGCAUCAAGGAGCUCGAGGCGAAGGUCCUCGCCGAGGCAAAGGGUUCGAAAUCCAAGGGCGCGCCUAAACCCAAAGAAUCGCCCAACCCUCCGCGGAUGCCGCGAACAAAGAAGCCUGUGGACGCUCCAUCGCCUGCGCAACAACCGCCCCUUCCGUCGACGCCGGCGCCGGCGCCGACCGAGGUCGCCAGAGCCACCGCCGACAAAUCCGCCGACGCUUCUUCCGACGCCCAACCAUCCGACGCGGAAAGCGCAAAGCCCCAACCGCGCCGCAUGAUUCCUCGAUUUCUCCUUCGCACCGGAAAAUCAUCCUAG